AUGGCGGCGCCCAUGAGAACGCCAGCCUGCAAAAUCGGCCCCUCUAUUUUAAACGCAGACCUUUCUGAUCUAGCUUCAGAAUGUCAGAGAAUGAUGGACAGUGGAGCAGAUUAUUUACACUUGGAUGUGAUGGACGGACAGUUUGUUCCUAACUUAACAUUUGGUCACCCUGUUGUAAAAUGUCUCCGUCCUAAACUUCCUGGAGUUUUCUUUGACAUGCAUAUGAUGGUACAGAAGCCCGAACAGUGGAUUGAGGGCAUGCAUGAUGCCGGUGCUAAUCAAUAUACAUUUCAUUAUGAGGCGACAGACGACCCCGCAGCUUGUAUCAGAAAAAUAAGAGAAACUGGAAUGAAGGCUGGAAUUGGUAUAAAACCAAACACUCCUGUAGACGUCCUUGUUCCCCUGGUUGAUUUAGUGGAUAUGGUCCUUGUCAUGACGGUAGAACCAGGUUUCGGUGGACAAAAGUUUAUGCAAGAUAUGAUGCCAAAGGUACAGUUUUUGAGAGAUAAUUUUAGAGAUGUUGAUAUAGAAGUUGAUGGUGGAGUUGGUCCCGGUACCAUUCAACACUGUGCAGAGGCUGGUGCCAAUAUGAUUGUGUCCGGAAGUGCUAUAGUGAAGAGUGAUAAUCCAAGGGAGACAAUGCAACAUAUGAGGAAUAUUGUGGACGAUUCUAUACAGAAAUCUCUUCUGGAAAGAUGAUUUUAUUAUUGUUGCAAAUCAGUGUAAAGAUGAGUUCAGGAACAAAUAUUUUUUUAAGGAAAUGAAUUGUCUUGAGAGAAAUAUCAAAUAUCAUAAAAUCUAUAUAAACUGAACAUUGAUUAAAUUUGUUUUUUUUUAAUUGGUUAUAUGAUACCAACAUCUUUUCAUUCAGGAAUUUGUGUAUAUAUGAUAUGAAAUAUAUAAACUAUUGUUUUCUAUCAAUACUAUUUUAACAAAAUGGACACACAUUAGUCUAAUACUUGUCAAAAAAUAUCCCCCAUUCCAGUGUUAAAAAGAUAUUUUGUGCACAUUUUAACUUAGAUUGGGCUCUUUUUAGUUGUAUUUAGUCCAUGUACUGGUACAGUGGUAUCUAGGGGUGUUUUCUGUAUUUAGUCCAUGUACUGGUACAGUGGUAUCUAGGGGUGUUUUCUGUAUUUAGUCCAUGUACUGGUACAGUGGUAUCUAGGGGUGUUUUCUGUAUUCGGUCCAUGUACUGGUACAGUGGUAUCUAGGGGUGUUUUCUGUAUUCAGUCCAUGUACUGGUACAGUGGUAUCUAGGGGUGUUUUCUGUAUUCAGUCCAUGUACUGGUACAGUGGUAUCUAGGGGUGUUUUCUGUAUUCCGUCCAUGUACUGGUACAGUGGUA